AUGCAGAUGAUUCAAUUGUCUUAUCUCUUUGUGCUUCUCGCUUCAUGGUCAGCGUUGGUCGCUGCCGAAACUCAUACUUGGUACUUUGAAACCAAUUGGGUGAAAGCAAACCCAGAUGGAGUCUAUGAACGUGAUGUUAUUGGUUUUAAUGGAUCUUGGCCCUUGCCUACUUUGCGUGUCAAGAAGGGUGAUCGUGUUAACCUUUACUUGACUAAUGGCUUUAAGGACAGAAACACUACUUUGCACUUCCAUGGUAUGUUCCAGAACGGAACUGCUCAGAUGGAUGGUCCAGAAAUGGUGACUCAAUGUCCUAUUCCUCCUGGAGAGACUUUCUUGUACAACUUUACUGUCGCUGACCAAGUGGGUACCUACUGGUACCACUCCCACACGGCUGGCCAGUAUGGUGAUGGUAUGAGAGCUCCAUUCAUCAUUGAGGAAAAAAGCAAGGAUGAUUACCCAUUUGAUUUCGAUGAAGAGCUCAUUUUGCCUAUCGGAGAAUGGUAUCACGAUACUGCUGAUGUUUUGCAACCAAAGUUUUUGAACAGAUACAACCCAACUGGUGCUGAACCAAUCCCUCAGAACCUUUUGUUUAAUGAGACUAGAAACAAUACUUGGAAGGUGGAACCAAAUACCACCUAUUUUGUACGUAUUGUUAACAUGGGUGGUUUCGUCUCCCAGUAUUUGUACAUGGAAGACCAUGAGUUCGAGAUUGUUGAAGUUGAUGGCGUUUACGUGGAGAAGAACACCACUGAUCUUCUCUACGUUACGAUUGCUCAGCGUUACGGUGUUUUGAUUAAAACUAAGGAGAAGGCUGACAAGAACUUUGCUUUCAUGAAUGCCUUUGACACUUCGAUGUUGGAUGUUAUUCCCGGUGACUUGAUUUUGAACAGCACCAAUCUCAUUCAAUACACUGAUGACACCUCAAUGCCAGAUGAAUACUUGAUUGACAGUUUUGAUGACUUUUUUGAUGAUUACUACUUGGUGCCUAAAGAUGGUGAAAAGCUUAUGCCAGAUUCUGACCAACAAGUAGUUAUUUCAGUCAAGAUGGACAACUUGGGCGACGGUGUUAAUUAUGCUUUCUUUAACGAUGUUACCUAUGUUGCCCCAAAGAUUCCAAUUCUUGCUACAGCUAUGUCAUCUGGUGAUCUCGCCACCAACUCUAUCAUCUACGGUAACACCAACGCUUUUGUUUUGAAGAAGGAUGAGACUAUCGAUAUUGUCCUCAACAACGAGGAUGAUGGUACCCAUCCUUUCCAUUUGCACGGACAUACUUUCCAGCUCAUUGAGAGAGGACCAGAAUUCCCUGAUCCUGUUGCGUUCGACUACGAUAACCAUACUGAUUUCCCUGAAGUUCCAAUGAAAAGAGAUACCAUCUUCGUGAGAGGUAACUCCUAUGCUGUGAUGAGAUUUAAGGCUGACAACCCUGGUGUUUGGUUUUUCCAUUGCCAUAUCGAGUGGCAUUUGGAGCAAGGUUUAGCCAUUGUUCUCAUUGAGGCUCCAGAGGAGAUGCAAAAGGACCCAAGCCAGCAGUUCACCGAGAACCACAAGGAAGUCUGUCAGAAAGCUGGUAUGAACCUUACUGGAAAUGCUGCUGGUAAUUCACAUGACUUCUUGGAUUUGACUGGUAUGAACGUUCAACCUAAGCCUUUACCAGCUGGAUUCACUGCCAGAGGUAUUGUUGCUUUGGUCUUUUCUGCCAUUGCUGGUGUCUUAGGUAUGAUUGCUAUUACUAUCUACGGUUUGGCAGACGUAAAGGACAUCGAUCAGCGUGUUGCUCGUGAUUUGGAUGUUGAUCUUGAUGACGCUGAUGAGAGCUCGGAGCUUGUCGCCGGGGACUCAUCUUCUCAUAACAAAUAA